GGGCCGCGCCCGUCAGCGGCGGCCGUGUGUCAGUGAUGGCGGGCGGGCGGCGGGCGCUGCUGGCGGCGCUGCUGGCGGCGCUGCUGGCGCUGGGCUCGGCGGUGCUGGUGCUGGCGGCCGCCGUCCUGCUCCGCGCCUUCGUCCUGCGAGCCCCGGCCGGGGUCCCGCGGCUCUGGGCACGGAGCGCCGGCACCGCCGCCCUCAGCGCCGGCGAGCGGCGGGAGCUGAAGGAGGCGCUGCGAGGGGCCAUUAAAAUCCCAACUGUGUCCUGGUCUCCAGAGGAUUUGAACACAACUGCCAUGGCAGAAUUUGGGAGUUACAUUCAGAAAGUCUUCCCAGCUGUAUUUUCUUCAGAGUUCAUCCAACAUGAGAUUGUUGGGGAAUACAGCCACCUGUUCACAGUGCAGGGCUCUGCCCCUGGCCUGCUGCCCUACAUGCUGCUGGCACACAUGGAUGUGGUGCCUGCUCCCCCCCAGGGCUGGGAUUUCCCUCCUUUCUCAGCUGCAGAGCACGAAGGUUUCAUCUAUGGAAGAGGAACUCUGGAUAACAAAAACUCUGCCAUUGGCAUCCUGCAAGCUCUGGAAUUCCUGCUGAGGAGGAAUUACCGACCCCGCCGCUCCUUCUACAUUGGCAUUGGCCACGAUGAGGAGGUGUCUGGUCUGAAGGGAGCAAAGAAAAUUGCAGCUCUGCUGGAAGCCCGAGGAGUGAAACUCUCCUUCCUGCUGGACGAAGGCAGCGCCGUGCUGGAUGGGAUCAUUGCAGGGGUGAAGAAGCCAGUGGCUAUGAUUGCUGUCACAGAAAAAGGUUCAAUGACACUGAACUUCACUGUGGAAAAAGAGCCAGGACAUUCAUCCUUUCCCCCUAAGGAGACAAGUAUUGGCAUUCUGGCAGCAGCCAUGUCCAGGCUGGAGCAGAAUCCCUUACGCAACCUGUUUGGCCACGGGCCAGAGCUCAUGACCAUGGAGCACCUCGCAGCAGAGUUCAAGUUUCCUCUCAACAUCAUCAUGAGCAAUUUGUGGCUGUUCUCACCUAUUGUCAGCAGAGUUAUGGCCUUGAAACCUUCCACCAAUGCCUUGAUCCGAACAACCACUGCAGUCACCCUGUUUAAUGCAGGAAUCAAGGUGAAUGUCAUCCCUUCCUCUGCCAGAGCCACGGUGAACCUGAGGAUCCACUCAGCUGAGACAGCUGCUGAGGUGCUGGAGGCAGUCAGGAGCACCAUUGCUGAUGACAGAGUGAAGAUUGCUGUGGUGGAGGCCUUUGACCCCCUGCCCAUCAGCCCUUGGGAUGAGCAGACAUUUGCAGUCCAUAUUUUUCAAAGAACCGUCCUGGACGUUUUCCCAGAUGUUGACAGUGUGGUCCCAGGCACGUGCAUUGGAAACACGGACAGCAGGCACUUCACCAACGUCACCAGGGCCAUUUACAGGUUCAACCCUGUGCUGCUGAGGCAGGAUGAUCUCCCCAGGAUCCAUGGGUUGAAUGAGAGAAUCUCCAUUGAGAAUUAUGAGAAACAGGUGGAGUUCCUGUUUCAGCUGAUCAAGAACUGUGACAUUGAGACACUUCCAGAGCCCCACACCAGCUCCCACGAGCUGUGAGCCUGCUGGGCAGAGCAGCUGCACUGGGCUCUGGGACAGGGGGCUGAAGAUGCACUUGUGUCUUGUUACUGAAUUUGGGUUUGUUUUUACAUUGUGGUUUACACAGAGAUGGGAGAAGUGCUGGCUGUGUGACAGGAACGUGGCAAAACCCCACAAACAACUCUGAUUUCUGCUCUCUGUGCUCUGAUGUGCAGCCAUUAAUCUGACAUGGAUUUUUUCAGCACUUGAAGCCUCUAAAAUUGGUAAUCACUAAAAAUCCAAGCUAUAAUCAGCAGUCACUCACCACUAGAAGGUGAAUUAUCUGUGACAAACUCAGUUUUUCUGGUGAAUGGAUCUUGCUCAGGUGAGGGUUUGGGAUGUGGUGAAAGGGUUCCUGUCACUGCACAGCCACCCUGAGAGGUUCUUGCACUGCUGCUGGGCAUGGGCUGCUUCCCUGGGGAUUCUCCAGGGGAUUUUCCAUGGGGAUUCUCUCCUGAGGUCUCUCUCACCAGCAUCCAUGGCACUCUGAGCCAGUGUCAGUGUUCACUCCCAUGCUGCACUCAUUUCUGACUCUGUUUUCAGUUUACUCCAGAAUUUCUAUGUUGUUGUAACUGAGGAGGUGCUGGAAACUUUCUUUCCCAUCAUUUAGUGAUUAUUUUUUUCCCUCCUUGACUCAUGGUGUGGCUCAAGGUGUGUUGUGCAACUGGGUGUCAGAAUAAGGGAUUGCAGCUUGAAAUAAGGAAUGAAAUCCCUGUUGUCUGCUCCUCUCUUUUCUCACUGGGUCAGUUCAUGUUUUUCCUUUGCUCUUCUGAGAACUUGAUUGUGAAAAAUGUGCAGCCCUUCAGUUUCUUCCAGUUCAGAGGGAUCAGAGGUCUGUUCCUUCAGUGCCAUUUGGAAGCCAUUUCCACUUUCCUGCUCAGUUUUUUGGGAAUCCUGGGGUAGGCAGGCCAUGGAUGUUGACUCUGCUUCAUCUUGCACUUCUUGCCUACCUGUGACAGCACUAAAGGGUUCAGCAUUCUUUUGGCCUUGGCAGUUGGGGUUACCAGUAUUAAUUAGACAAAUAAUUUAUUUAAUCAGUUAAUUAAAUUAAUUUUAUCAAUAAAUAGUUCACAAAGUGAUGUAAGCCAAAGAAAAGCCUGAAAGCUGCUGUGUGACAGGGGCAGAGUCUGUGCUGCAGGGACCAGUGCAGCUCCUCCUGCUGCACAGAUGUUUUUCAGAACUUAAAUUAUGCACUGGAAUGGGUGGAUGUUCUGCUCUAAAUUCAUACUGUGACAUGUCCUGGAAUGCACAGGAAAUACUCUGAAAUGUAUCCUGAAAAACACUGAUGGAACUGUGAUUCCAGUUCUUUCCACUCACCUCUCUUAUUUAUUUGAUCUUAUCACUGUGGCCAGAGGGCUCCAACUGUAUCACCUGCUGAAUAAUUGAAACAAAACUGACAGUUUCAUCUAAUAAAAUGAGGAAUGUGAAUUCUU